AUGUCAUUUGAUUCUGCAACUUCACAGUCCCAGGCCAAAUCCACUGUGAACAAGCUUUUGGCAAAUUUCCUUCCAGGAGCCGCCAUAGCAUCCACCACAGUGGUACCUACCAAACCAACGGCAAAGGCACAAACUGUUGCUAAAGAAUUAUCAAAGAAAAGUAACCCAGAAGAAUUAAAACGUAUAGCCAAGAAGCAGAAGUUAGCACAAAGAAAAAAGAUACUAAAGAACUCUGAAACAACCAAAAAAUUCAACAAACUUGCCAAGUACAAUAGCAUCAAGGCCCAUAAAGAGUCUGGAAACAUAACACCACAAGAAGAGAAAUAUUUGAGUAAAUUGGUUAGAAAGAACAUAUCAGCUGUAAACUCGCUUUCAGAGAUUGAUGACCCAGAACUCAAACAAGAGUUAUCUGAAGUUAAAAAGGACAUUUUGUCGAUCUAUGCCCCAGUAAAGAAAUCAAAGAAACAAUCAUCCAAGCAAAAGGAUUUCAACACAAAGAUCCAAAAGGGUUACAUUUCCUACCCUGGCUUGACGCCAGGUUUGGCUCCUGUAGACUACAACGAGUCCGACUCCGAGUAG